AUGACCAAGUCGUACAGCGAGAGCGGGCUGAUGGGUGAGCCGCAGCCCCAGGGUCCUCCAAGCUGGACGGAUGAGUGUCUCAGUUCUCAGGACGAGGAGCACGAGGUGGACAAGAAGGAGGACGACCUGGAAGCCAUGAAUGCCGAGGAGGACUCACUGAGGAACGGAGGAGAGGAAGAGGACGAAGAUGAGGAUCUGGAAGAGGAAGAAGAAGAGGAAGAAGAGGAUGAUGAUCAAAAGCCCAAGAGGCGCGGCCCCAAAAAGAAGAAGAUGACCAAGGCGCGCCUGGAGCGGUUUAAAUUGAGGCGCAUGAAGGCCAACGCCCGAGAGCGGAACCGCAUGCAUGGGCUGAACGCGGCUCUGGACAACCUCCGCAAGGUAGUGCCCUGCUACUCUAAGACGCAAAAGUUGUCCAAAAUCGAGACUCUACGCUUAGCCAAGAACUACAUCUGGGCUCUGUCCGAGAUUUUGCGCUCCGGCAAAAGCCCCGACCUGGUCUCCUUCGUACAGACGCUUUGCAAGGGCUUGUCCCAGCCCACCACCAACCUAGUUGCAGGCUGUCUGCAGCUCAACCCUCGGACUUUUUUGCCUGAGCAGAACCAGGACAUGCCCCCGCACCUGCCGACGGCCAGCGCUUCCUUUCCUGUGCACCCCUACUCGUAUCAGUCGCCGGGCCUACCCAGCCCUCCCUAUGGCACCAUGGACAGCUCCCACGUCUUCCACGUCAAGCCCCCGCCGCACGCCUACAGCGCAGCGCUGGAGCCCUUCUUUGAAAGCCCCCUGACUGAUUGCACCAGCCCUUCCUUUGACGGGCCCCUCAGUCCGCCGCUUAGCAUCAAUGGCAACUUCUCUUUCAAACACGAACCGUCCGCCGAAUUUGAGAAAAAUUAUGCCUUUACCAUGCACUAUCCUGCAGCAACCCUGGCAGGGGCCCAAAGCCACGGAUCAAUCUUCUCGGGCACCGCUGCCCCUCGCUGCGAGAUCCCCAUAGACAAUAUUAUGUCCUUCGAUAGCCAUUCACAUCAUGAGCGAGUCAUGAAUGCCCAGCUCAAUGCCAUCUUUCAUGACUAA